GUCUGGAUCUUUGGCGGAGGCUUUGAACUCGGGUCCAAGGCCAUGUAUGAUGGAACAACGAUGGUCACCUCGUCCAUCAACUUGAACAUGCCGGUCGUGUUCGUCGCGAUGAACUAUCGCGUGGGGGGGUUCGGAUUCCUUCCCGGAAAGGAGAUCCUGGAGGAUGGUUCCGCGAACCUAGGGCUCCUCGACCAACGCCUUGCCCUGGAGUGGGUUGCUGACAACAUCGCGGCCUUUGGGGGAGACCCCGACAAGGUGACUAUUUGGGGAGAAUCCGCCGGAGCUAUCUCGGUCUUUGACCAGAUGAUCCUGUAUGACGGAAACAUCACCUACAAGGACAAGCCCCUGUUCCGGGGUGCCAUUAUGGACUCGGGCAGUGUGGUUCCGGCGGAUGCCGUGGAUGGGGUGAAGGGACAGGAAGUGUAUGAUACAGUGGUGUCGACGGCGGGCUGUUCCUCUGCCAACGACACCCUGACCUGUCUGCGCGAGCUAGACUACACCGACUUCCUCAAUGCGGCCAACUCCGUGCCAGGCAUCAUCGGGUACAAUUCGGUGGCGUUGUCAUAUGUUCCCCGUCCGGACGGCACGGCCUUGACGGCGUCACCGGACGUUCUGGGCAAGGCAGGAAAGUACGCGCGGGUGCCGUUUAUUGUGGGCGACCAGGAAGACGAGGGGACCUUGUUCGCCCUGUUCCAGUCCAACAUCACGACGAUCGACGAAGUGGUGGAGUACCUGUCCACCGUUUUCUUCUACGACGCUAGCAAGGAGCAGCUGCAAGAGCUUGUGGCCCUCUACCCUGACACGACGACAUAUGGAUCCCCGUUCCGGACCGGCACGGCCAACAACUGGUAUCCACAGUUUAAACGACUGGCAGCUAUUCUUGGCGACUUGGUCUUCACAAUUACCCGACGGGCCUUCCUGUCGUAUGCGGCGGAGAUAUCCCCGGAGCUCCCGAACUGGUCGUACCUCGCCACGUAUGACUAUGGCACUCCGAUCCUGGGGACCUUCCACGGAAGUGACCUGCUGCAGGUAUUCUAUGGGAUCAAGCCCAACUAUGCGGCCAGCUCGUCUCACACGUACUAUCUGAGCUUUGUGUAUACGUUGGACCCGAAUUCCAACCGGGGGGAGUACAUGGAAUGGCCGCAGUGGAAGGAUAAUCGGCAGCUGAUGAAUUUCGGGGCAAACAACGCCAGCCUGCUCACGGAUGAUUUCCGGAAUGGGACGUAUGAAUUCAUCCUGCAGAAUACAGCGGCGUUCCAUAUUUGAGAUGCGAUUGGUGGGGGGAUCCGGAGGGUCGAGUCUUCGUGUUGUGCCUCGGCAAUAUAUAUACGCCCUG